AUGACAGUUGAUCUAACAAAUAUGACAGGAUUUAUCAAUGGAGACCCAUGGAAUCAACAGUUUCACCAUCCUAAUAGUACUAUUGUUGGUACAGUGGUGUCACUUUAUGAAGUAGGCGGCUUUUUAGGGGGGCUUUUGUCAUCUAUGAUUUGUGAUAAUUUUGGCCGUCGGCAAUGUAUCGGAUUCGGUGCGAUUUUUUUGAUAGUUGGCGCCAUAUUACAGGCAACUUCAUUUGAACUGGGGCAGCUAAUGUUCGCAAGAAUUGUCUCAGGUAUCGGCGUGGGUUUACAGCAGUCUGCGAUCCCCAUUUUACAGUCUGAGGUUACACCAGCUAAUCGUAGAGGACUGUACGCAUGUGCGUAUCUUACGAUGUUAAACUUUGGCAUAGUGUUAGCUUAUUGGAUUGAUUAUGGCGUAGGAUUUACUACUAAUAGUUUUGCUUGGAGAUUUCCUACUGCUUUCCAGCUAGUAUUUGUUAUUGCUGUUUUUGCUCUUAGUUUUGUUGUUGUGGAAAGUCCGCGUUUCCUGGUCCUCAAUAACAGAGAAGAAGAUGCUUGUGACGUCGUCAGUUGUAUGCUUGACAAGGGGAGAGAUGACCCUCAUGUCAUCGAGUUGCUGAAUCAAAUCAAAAGCGCUGUCUUGGUUGAGAUGACAGAAGGCUCUGGUACGUGGAUGGAUUUCAUCAAGGACGACAAUUUACAAAGCAGGCGUCGUUUGUGGUCAGCUUGUUUGGUCCAAAUGUUUCAGCAAGGUAAGUCUAAUCAACACGGAUUUUUUAUGGCGUGA